GUAAGGCAACUUUGGUUAUUGUAGAUUUGUGUCAACUUCUACUCUGAUUAACACUCCAACAAAAGAAUAAUGAAUCAGGCCUCUUCCUCUACCUAUUACUAUAAUGUAUCAUCAUUGAUCUGGUGUGUUGUAGAAUAAUACUUCUGAGAUGAUCAAUUUUAUGUACGAUUUACCUGAACGACUUUUAACUGUGCAAUCGUAUUUUCCAGUUAUUCAAUCAUCAAAAUUCAAGGAUUAUUUAAAUGAUUGUUUAAUCAAUACAAAACAAUUAAUUGUUGAUCAAUUUGAGACAAUAUGUUCUAAAAGUUAUGAAUUAGAAAAAACAAAUCAAUUAACAUAUAAUGCAGCAAUUCAUUCACAAAAUGACUAUUUAAAUCGUUAUAAUGAUAUUUUACCUUAUGACCAAACACGAGUUAUCUUAGAAAGUGAAAACAAUCAGAAAUCAAUAACAUUUUCUGAGCUAUCUACAAACUUUACUGGUUACAUUAAUGCUAAUUUUAUACGGUUUAUUGAAACACCAUCAUCUUCAGACGAUACUGUACUACGGGCAAAUAAUCACUGUGAAUUCAUUGCUACACAAGGUCCACUUAAACAAACAAUUGGUGAUUUUUGGCAUAUGGUUUACAUGUUCAAGUGUCCAUUUAUUGUUAUGUUAACAGGACUUCAAUAUAAUGGUCAAACUAUUUGUGAUUUAUACUGGCCAGAGGAAUUGAACAUUACUCAUCAUUAUAAAUCUGCUAAUUUUGAAAUAUCAGUUACAUUACUUGAAAUCAACCAGUCAGAUUGCUACAUCAAAAGAAUUUUCAAUGUUUCAAUGCCAAAUCAUUCAAAUGAAUCACAUAUUGUAACUCAAAUACACUUUACAGAAUGGGAAAAUUUUAGUGUACCAACAAUUGCGAAUAUGGAUAAACUUGUCAAAGAAUAUGAACAGAAUUAUCAAUCUCUUGUUAAUCAACAACAAUCUACUACAGUUUCCAUUGGACCAACUGUUGUACAUUGCAGCGCUGGAGUUGGUCGAACUGGAACAUUCAUCAGUGUACUUGUUGCCCGCAGACAUCUUCGAUCUAAAUGUCAAUGGAUUAGUCUACCAAGUAUUGUUUUAAUGCUACGACUUUGGCGUCAUUGUAUGGUUGAAUUGAAAGAACAAUAUCUAUUUCUACAUGAAUAUUUCGCAUAUAUUUUAAAUUAACAAAGACAACGAUAAAAUGAAAUUAUACAAUGUUAUUAUUGAAACCGACAAGUAUAAUUGUCAUUGAAGUAUGGAACUAAUAAUUUCAAAUGGAAGUUUUGAAAGUUACAGCAUGUAAUUCUAUUGAACUUUAUUGAACGAAGUUUUCUUUUGUAUUUUUU